GGUCAGCACAGCAGCGCAGCAGACGGCCGGUGAUGCCGUCUGGCCCCGCCGCAUUGUUUAGCCAUCAACAAAGCAUUUUCAUUGCAGAGAGCUGCCACUCAUAGGAUGUUUUGUCUUUUUGAAUAAUUCUCUAUAAACCCUAGAGAUGGUUUUGCAGACCUUUUUAAAAACUAUUAUUCAGUAUAUAAUACUACAACACAGCCUGAUAUCAGACAACUGUCGUCAGGUAGAAUUCCUUGAUUUAAUUCAUAAGGACACUCAAAAGCUAUACCCACAUAGGCAGUUGAAAUUAAGUAACAUAGACACAUACUCUCACAAAUGCAUCUGUCAGUAGAGUGUGUUGCACUGACUUUAGCACAGUGGAGGGUAUAAAAUUGUGGUUGAGGUUUCAUUGAAAGUGACAUGGCAUUAAAAUUUAGUGUGCUCCCACAGUGACCAGUUUUCCAACGGAUCUGAUGUCAGUUUUUUUCCACUUGUUGGGUAUAAUUACUGACCAUGCAGAGAUAAAGCAGCAGAGUGCUUCUUUACUAAUUGAUGCUAAGCCUGGGGUUUGUACACGGCACAUAAAAAGAGGUUAAGUGGCUCUGAAAAUGCAGUUGGUGGUAAAAGACAAAGUAUUGCCUUUAUUUCUCUCUCACUCACUCACUCUCCAUCUCUUUCUCACACUUGUCUGUUGUUGUUAUCACAGUCUGACAAGACAGCUGACACAUUUAUGUCUGUCUCUUCACACUCCCUCUGUUCCACACCUGAGGUGCAGCAGAUUGAGUUGCACUGACCCUCUACAAUAAGUCCUCUACACAAACUGUUUUUCUGCCAGCCAAUCGGCAGUACUCCCAUCCUCAGUCUCAUCUCUCUCACCUCCCGCCUUCUCUGUAGCCUAUUUUGUGAACCAGAAAGGGGAGCUUAUUGGGUUUCUCUCCUCCACAGACUAGUUUAUGUGUGCCUGUCUCUGUCCCAGUGGCCUAGACUCUGGGAGGCUCGGGUUGCCCUGAGCCACCACCAUUCAGUCCAAGUCACACAUGAGAAAACCAACUGGGGCUCUAUUUUAAUUUGUUAAUUAGCUAAACACCCUUCCUUACACCACUUGUAUAUUAUGGAUUAUGCCAUUUUAAAUUAUGUGGGUAACCUCGGUUUUUGUUUGAGUCGGGCCAGCUAGGGUACACGUGCACUCACAGACUUUCUGGUCUAUUUAUAAGGGAUCACAACCUGUUGCCACAUGAGCUCUACUGGCACACUGGACCAUUCAUCCUGACUAUGGAAGUCCCACUGAGUGUAAUUUGCUGAAAUUUUCUUUGGAGUGCAUCCUGUUGCAUUUCAUGUUUGUUCCUUCUCUUAUUAUUAUCAUCAAACACCUGCUUUUUUUCUACUGUCUUUUUCUUCAAAACUGCCUGCAAUUUCUGGUUUAACCGCCCUCCUCCCUUUCAUCAAACAUGCAUAUUCAUGAGACAGAGGAUCAUAUAGCCUAUUAAAUAGACUUUAAUUAAUAUCUCUCUUCUGAGUGAAUUUGCUCAUAUUGAAAAAACACUCACACUGUCAUUGUGCAAAUAAUCAAUUACACUUGUUUUUUUUAAAUGCUCUGCUCUAAAUGAUCUUAUGCAUCAAAAUCAGGGCACACACACACACACACACACACACACACACACACACACACACACACACACACACACACCAAAGAAACAGAACAGGCCCCUAUUCAGUCUCACUCCAAGAUUUGUCUUGGCUGACAGAUUUAAUUAAUAUUUCAGGGGGAGGACAUUGUAAUCCCAACAGAGAAAUAACCCCCACACAGUAAAGCUGGGAUGCCAAAAUCAUUCCUACACCUUAAACAUAUAGUUGCUACAAAUAUUAUAGGCACAAAAACGAUGUCAAAACUCCUUUUAAGUGCUGCUCUAGCUUUUGUGCAGUGCACAAUUCAUUUCCGACCCCUGCUUAGUUUUCCUGAAACCGGACGCCGGGUGUGAUGAAUAAAACAUUCUUUGUGUGCUGCUGGAUGAUCACCGGAGCGCUUUCAGGUGUACAAGUGGUGAAAGGCGAUGUAAUCUUCCCCAUAACAAGAUCUGGACUGAGAUUGACAGACGCAGAGAACCUGGAAAGCCUCUAAGCAGGAGGACCACAAAAGCUUUGGGGACUGCAAUGAUAAAGCCGCAGGAGCACGGUGAGCUUCUACUGCGCGACUCCCUGCCGGUGUUUGGGAAGCCGUGGUACUGGCAACGCAGCAACAGCACCAUGGAGAGCACCCGCAGCCUGGCGCAGGUGAUCAUGGAGAUGCGGGACGAAAUCAAGAAGCUGGAAGCGGAGAACCGGGAGCUGCGGGGAGACUUUGGUCAGCGUUCACUUGCAGCCAUGCCAGGAGAAGCUAGUCCCGUGUCAUCAGCAGUUAAGAAGCAGGCUGACAAGGAUGAUAACCCUUAUGUGAACCUGAGGCGAAAUGCGUCUGCGCCAGUCCUGGAGGGACAAUACAAGGAAAACACUGUGAUGACUGUUCGGAGGUACUCUACAAGUUCCAACCUGUCUGGUGUGACUGUACGGGAUGGAAGGAUUAACAGGGUCCGGCCAAGCAACUCUGGUUGGGAAAGACUGCAAGAAGAAAUCCAACAUGGGAAAGGUGUCUUCGGUAACUCAACAAAGGAAGAUGUGGGAAAAAUUACCAACCGGCAUUCCCUGCAGGAAUAUGUUCAUAAAAACAGGUCCAAGGUGAAAACUGUCACCUUCCUUCUACCUGUGGAUGACAUUUACACCAGUCGACCAGCUCUGACCAAACACCAGGGGGAUCCUAGACUGUCUGACCUGGAUUCCAUAACUGAGACGGAUUCUUGAGAAAACAACCAGACUUUAAACGAGGCAAAAUUCAGACAUGAACUGAGCCUCUGUGGCCUGCGACAGGUGACAGGUUGGCCUCUUCAUCUAGGCCAAUGUAGACUGGGCUCUUAGUGAGUGAGCCAGCAGACCGAUUUUUAUCACACCUGACCACACAAACAGAAGACUCUGGUUACAGGUGUUGUUUUCAUGUGACCAUGGUCAACAGUGAUGAAGCACAGAGCCCUCCGGAGCGAGGAUCAGAUAUCUGGUCUCUUCACCUGACCCCGGGUGUUGCUUGAGAGUGACACACACACCUGCAGGUGACAACCCUUUUACGGACAGCUGUGGUCGCUGACUCAGACUUCAUGAGCGAUGUUUUAUUCAUUAUUUAUUCAUCUUGGUUUCUUUUCACAAUGUAAACUGAAGAAGAUGGUCAAUGGACCUCCUGAUGAUGACCUGCUGUUCCUGAGCAUGUAUUUUGUUUUCUCAAAACCAAAUCACAAUCUUUGCUUUCAUGUAUAAAAGUCUUCUUAAAAGAAUCCAGUGUUUGGAUUAUUUAUAUUAAAUAUAAAUGGUAUGAAAGUCAUGUUUAAAGGAGACUGUUUUAUUAUUCCAUAGAUAGAUAAUCAUUUCUCAAUAACAUGAAAACAUUUUGCUUACUGUGCCACUGUCACUGUGCAGGGCAGACACAAUUAAAACUUCUAAUAUAAGACGCAUGAGCUACAACCAAAGCAUAUAAUCAUUACUUGAACUUCACCUGCAACUUCAACAUUUGAUCUGCAACAUCCAAUAAAUGACACAUUAACAGAAAACCUUGUACAGUGCAGCGAAUCACUCUAACUGAUGAAGUACAGAACAUAAUCUCUGCAGCAAAGUUGUUUUGUCAGUAGUUGGUGUCAGCUGCAAGGGUUCAUGCUCAUCAUUACACCCACUCUUGCUGAUAAACCAUUUACAGCCUGUAAACUAUUAUGCAUUAGUAUUAGCAGCUCAGAGAACUACACAGAACUGGGUUUGGCUAUGUUUUCUUUCAAUAUUAGUUUCCAAAGAAUCACUCAUCAAGUUUUGCUCCUGCAUGUCCACAUGGCUAUCACUGUCUAAUUCCUCUACGUUUUUCUCUGUGUAUUCUGUUUGGCCAAAUUUAGCAGUAGCUUGUAACUGGUCAGGAGCUCCAUCCUCUGAUUGGUUUUCAGUUUCGAGGCUUCCAUAGCUUUCUGAGUCGGAGGGCUUGAGAAUUGGGCGGAUUUGAAUCUCAGACAUAUUUGAUGAUGGCAGAGAUUCACUUGGACUGUCUUUGUAAUUCAUUGGGAUCAAGAAAGGCUCAUCUUUAUGCUUUGUUUCAAAACCUGUAAAAGAGGACAAAAACACAGUCAGAAUCAGAAUACUUUAUUCAAUCUAGAGGAAUUUAUGUGGUCACAUUUGCUCCAAGACUGUUUCUAUAUACAGUUGAAAUUGAGGUGCCCCUCUUAUCAUAUUGAUUUU